AUGCAUUUUCGAGUCGUAGUUGACCGUAGUCAAACAAUUGCCUAUCGUCGAAGACAAACCAGCUGGGAUUCUAUUAGACUAUGGGCAGUUCAAUUGCACGAAGACGGUUGUCUGUGGCGUUUUGCAGCUGUGGUUCUGGUCAUGGUCAUCCUCCUCGCCAUUUUCUUUGUUCCCCUUAUGUUCAAUAAAUUGGUCUGA